AUAAAAAAAUAAAUACGACAAAUGCUACAGGUUCAAGCAUCGCCUUCCACUUUCAGAAAAUUCCUACAGAAGGUUCGCUUCCAUUCCCUGUGCUUCUACUCAGUCUUGAUCCCACCGCAUUGACCGCUGCUCGGACGGAGGCAGCGAAUUCCUGUUUGAUGCUCGAGUUGGCUGUACAUAAUGGUUAAUGCCACAAAGGGACUUUUCAUUUCAUGCGACAUACCAAUGGCGCAGUUCAUCAUCAACUUGAAUGCUUCUCUGCCAGCAUCACAGAAGUUCAUCAUACACGUCUUGGACAACACUCACUUGUUCGUGCAGCCUCACGUGGCCGACAUGAUAAGGAAUGCCAUGUCAGAGUUCAGGGAACAAAAUUCCUAUGAGAAGCCAACUUGAUGACUUCUUCCCAUUCUAUACAUUUCUCGGCCAGUUAAUUACAAUGAGGGAGACUUGGCA